CUGUUACUCCGCACCCGAAGGGUUCCCACACAGCGUGGCCAUUUUGCACGAGAGACACCGCUCCAGAACACACGGGCCCAGCCGUCCUCCCCCGGGGCCGCUCCCGCCGCUCGGGACCCGGCCCAGGGCAGCGCUCCCCAACGCAGGGUCCGGCCGGUAGACGUUCCGCUCCUCUGUUACCUCUCCUCUUCUUCGCCUGCGCGGCCUCCCCUGGGAGCGGCCCGACCCAGCGCUCCUCCUCCUCCUCUUCCUCGUAUUCCCCCAGUUCCGCGGCUCCCCGCUCCUCGCCUGCCGCCGCCUCUGGAGCCUUUCGCUUGCGCUCAGGCUCGGCUGCCGCCAUGAUGCUACGUCACCUCCGCGUGCCGGGCGCUCCGCCAGUGACUCAGUGGCUGAGGAACGGCGCGCGCGGAGACGCCAUGGCUGAACUCAUCAAUGCAGAACCCACCAAGGCAGAACCCGCCAGUGAACUUUGUCCUUUAGAAGCCAAGAAAGAACUCUUGGAGGAAUGUAACAAUAUUUGGGAGGAAUUGGAAGAGUGUCAAAGCAAGCUAAUGCUUCUAGGAAUAGAAACACUGCUACAAGCAGAUACCAAGCUUGCCUUGUUAAUGCUGCAAUGGAAAGCUUUAACAGUAGAUUAUCAAGAGUGCCAUGAGAGAAGUCCUGAAACAAUUUCUACCAAUCCAGAUUUAUUGUUAGAAUUAGGAAAAGAGGAGUUGCAGAAAGUAAAGAAUGAUCUUGAAAAGGUGCUAUCAGCAGUUUGUUCAAAGAAUAAACAACUAGAAGAAGAUCUGGAAAGAGAACAGCAGUGGUAUGAGGAACAGGAACAGAUGCUAAAUACUCUUAACAGAAUUGAAGAAGAGACAAAACCCCAAGUUGAACAACUUUACAAAACAAGAGGAUUGGAGGAACUGCACAAUAAAAUGUUGCAAUUAAAGACAUAUAAGAAAGAACUCUUGAGUGCACUGGGUGAAUUCCUGGAUGAACAUUUUCCCCUUCCACAGGAUAGUGGAAGUGCCAUAAAGAGGCAGGCACAUGCAUCUGGGAUUGGGAGUGCGAGUGAAGACUGGGUCACAGCAGCCCAGAACUUUUCUUCAGAGCCAGCUGUAGAACUGCUAGCAUUGCAAGACAUUUUAGAGAUUCUGAUAAAUAAAUUAAUGGCCACACCACAUGAACCUUACGUAACAAUCAAUGAGUCGUUUUGGCCACCUUACAUUGAGCUGCUGCUGCGAUUUGGAAUGGCCCUGAGACAUCCAGAAGAUCCAAACAGAAUGCGCCUAGAAGCUUUUCACAAAUAGUGUGACCUACAUAUGUACUUAAAAACAAAACAACACCAGUACUCUUAAUCUGGGGAUAGGAUCUACUUAGGCAUCAUAAUAGAUUUCUUUUAUAUCGUCAAUCACUUCUUGUUGGAUGAUUUUUUUCUAUUUUAUUGAAGAGUGUGAAAUAUGGCAAAAGAAAAAAGUCUCUUGAAAAAAAAAAAUCUCUUUAACUGCUUAACUUCUCAACUUUACCUGCUUAAGUUGGCCUUCUGUUUUAUAACAAGAUUUGCAUUGUGGAAUUUGUAUUUCAGCUGCUUUUAUAAGACACAGAUUCAGGUAAUAGACAAUGUAAAGAUGUUUAACAGUCCUUUUUACUUUAAAAAUCAUACUUUAUAUAUUACUUCCGUGUUUUAGAUUUUUUAGAUUGCCUGAAGUCUUCUUAAUUUCCUUUAGUAUUUUGCUGUAUGCUGAAGAUGCAAAAUUCAGAGUAACACAGCUCCCCCUGUACAUGGCCUUGAAGACAUUUGGAACUAACAGAGAAGUAUCUGCUCAAGAAUGUGCCUUUGCAAACAAAUGUAUUGCCUUCGAGAUAAACAGUUGGGAAAGCUGAAACAUCUUUCUGUGCAAAGUGCUGCCGAGGCUGAGUGUGCAACUUUACCUCUGCAUGCUUCCCACGUGACCCAUAUUGUGUUAUGCUAUGUUUCCUAACAGUAUCUGUCUUCGCUUUUUCAGAUCUAGUUUGUCAAGGCUUGUAAUAGGUCUCUGUUCUGUUGUUUGCUACAGCUUCUAAGUUAUGUCAGUUGAGGGCUUCUUUCUGACUCAGUGGUGUUAUUCUGUGUAAUCCUGGUCUUUUCUGUAGCAAUUGUUAUUGUGGACUUUGAGUACAACAAUUCUGCUUCUGCAUAUCUGUAGUGACUAUACACUAGAAAAUUAAAGUAUGUCUUUUAUUAACCAGACUGCCAUUUAUUGAUAUAGGAACUUUAAUGAUUUUUCAGUAGAUAGAAAACUAAAGGGUUGUAUACUAUCACAGAAUGGUUUUAAUGUCAUAGGUUUUAUAGAAUGGUUUUGGUAUGAUUUUGUGAUGAGUUUUAAAGAUAAUCUAAGGACGCAUGGGAGAGGAAGGGGGAACCAAUCUAAUACAAGUUCCAGUGCAAUUGCCUUUUUUAGAACAAUUAAAUGUUAAAUAAAAAAAUUAUUACAUCUUG